CUGCUCAUUCACCGGCUCGCCUGUCCUAUGCUAUCGACAACGGGAUUUCAAGAGGAAAAUGAUUGUGGCAUAAACUAUUUCUGGAGACGCCUGUCACAGAUAUCGCCGCUGAACUGGACAGGGUGGAUGGUUAUUUCCCAAACAGUUCAAGCCUAUGUAUACUGCAUUCAUUUGUUGGAAACGCUGCCUAGUAUCUUCGAGAACAGCGCAAGAGGAAUGCUGGUCCAAGAUCUAAUGCCAUUUACUUUAAGUUUCUGGCCUUUUUUCUUCGGUCAUUGCCUUCUCUCACUGUUUUUACUCUCAUGCCAGGGAGAACUCCAGGGGUCAUGCUCACGGACUGUGGCGGAGAAAGUUAGUGAACAGUGCCAGCUGGCUUGCCACUGUAGAAGAUACCCUCCCCUUCCUCCACCGCCGCCUCCACCACCUCCUCCGCGGCUACUGGGCACCACAGUGGUAGAGCCCAUGGUGCCCUUGUUGAGGCCCUGGUGGAUGGAGAUGGACAUUAUAGUGCUUGGAACGGUGGGCUGUGCCUCAGUGGUCUUCCUGCUCUCAGCCAUCAUCAUCUGCUACAAGGCCAUCAAGAGGAAACCACUACGAAAAGAGGAGAACGGGACAAGUCGUGGGGAGUAUGCCAUGAGCAUCCGGAACAAAAAGGCCAUGGGUACGAACAACACUGUGGUAUAGACUGUCUCCUGAUUGACACAGGAAGCGACAUCACCAUUAACAUCUCUCACCUUGCCCCGAAUACAACAAUCCUUUCUCACCCAAAAUGCAACAGGGGUUUUUUUUCAACCCAAGGUUUUCAAAUAGGUAAACCUUCCCUCUUUGCUUGGCAUGUUGUCCAGACUGAAGACACCAUUCAGCUCAAGAAGAGCUGUAAAAGAUGGAAGGAAAAAAAAACACAGAGAAAGAUCCACAAACCAAUGUCGAAACUGAUGUCGAAAGUGGCACAGCAGGCUGAACAUUAUGCUCUUAGUAACAGCAAGUGUUGCUGACAGGCUGGUUGGCUGCCGACUGGAGAGGGACUGUCUGCCAGUCUGCCGCAGAUCCAGACCUCACGCACUGUUGACAUCUGCAAUGGAACAACAGACAAUACAGCAGCCCUGCAGUCCCAUGGGCAGCCAGACAGGACAGCACCUCACACACAAUAAAAUAACGUGCAUGCAGUUUUUACAGAGAAUGCAACAUUUUUUUAUAUUCCAGUCCUCACACUGUUCAUCUUUUGUUCUCCAUUUUUGAGACAGAUGCUUUGUGAGAGGCAUGAUGUUACUGUCGGGCCUGGCUCUGAGAUGUGGAUUCAUCUGACUAUGCAAUUUAAAGAAAUCCAUAUUUAAAAAGAAGAGGAGCAACGGCAUCAACAUGGGAUGUUCUGGUUAGAUUGCCAUGCCAAAAAUGUCACUGAAGGCUUAGGCUCAUUGUAAUAUACUUCAGUCAUUCAUCUAUUUAUUUACUUAUCUACCUUUGAAUUUAUUUUUCUACUUAAAAGAAAAAAACUGUCUUGUAGGUUACUCACAUCUUGAAAACUCUUGAACAUCUUGAUGAAUCCAUUUUAUUUCUUGAUAGCUCUGUUUUUUAAGUGAAUAAUUUAUAAACCAUAUAAUUCAUUUGUGAUGCUCCGAUGCUUUAAGCCUGCUGUCAGUUUGUUGAGACACUGAUGCAGAAAACACGCUUGCUCUGCAAAGAGUUUUGGUAUCAGUUGUUUUGUCUCUGGGUGUUUGAUAUGCUUUUCUCUGUUUCCCUGAGACCUCAGCUAAAAAGUAAGGGGUCUUUAUGAUGUGCUAUGUGAAUGUGUGUUUUCCAAACAUUAUUUCUGUACUGCAUCAUAUGCCAGUCCCCAUUUUUGGAUUUUUUUAAACUCAAUGCAAGCCCCCCCUCCCCCAACAAGUUAAAUGCUCUAUCACAAGUCAUCUGGUUAAAUCUUGUUGUUUCAGAGUCUUGGGGUCAGCUAGAUGCCUUCUUCCAUGUUUCGUGGAUUGGAUUUGACAAUCUUUUUUUUCUUUUUCUAUCUGUCAAGAAGGGCUUAGCCCAUCACUAUAGAAACAGGGGACAUGAGCCCAGGGCUGACCUUGUGACUGGUGAGAGACAGGAGACUUAGCCAAUAGCCAGAGAUCAGGUUGCACAGAGGAUGGCCUCAGCAGGGAUGUGUGUGACUCAGUGCUGUCACAGGCAUCCUCCACAUCCCCGCUGGAAAAACACAACUGAGCUGAACUGGAGCAUCACUCAACGCUGCUCUGCUUGGUCUUUGUUUUUGUUUUUAAUUUUUUUUACAUUAAAUCUGCGUGUCUGUGCGUGCAUGCAUGUGUGCGUAUGUGUGUGCAUUUGAGUGUAUGUGUGUGUGUGUGUGUGUGUCUGUCUGUCUGUCUGUCUGUCUGUCUGUCUGUCUGUCUGUCUGUCUGUCUGUCUGUCUGUGAGUGUGCAUGCAGAUGAGUGUACUCAGUGAGAGUGGGCUGUGCUCUGUGGCUGUCGGUUAAGUAUAGAUAUUGGCUAAACUGUGGAAAUUUGGAAAAACACAUGCUUGCAUCUAAACAUGCACAGGUAUUAGCUAACAGUAUACCCCACCAUGUACCUAUAUGAGAGAAAUGAUGGAUGCAUGAAUGUAAAUAUUGAUAUUUAAAUAUCUGCCUUCUGGACUGUUAAUUCAUGUACAGUGUAACAGAACAUACGUUUAUACAUAGUAAAACUUAAACAAUGUGCUACCAUUUAGAAUUAUGUCAGUGUUGUCAUGUUGAUGGAGCAAGCCAUUAAUGUAUAUAUGGCAAACAAUAGUACAUACACAAUUUAUGCAUUA